AUUUUUAGAUCUUGAAAAAAAUCAAUUGAAUGGAACUCUGCCAGAAAGUAUUUGGCAACUUCCAAAUUUGAUGGCCUUGUCUGUUGCAAGCAAUUAUUUGUCAGGCGUUGUAUCUGAAGUGAAUUUCUCUAGGCUUUCAAGAUUAAAGCUCUUAGACAUGGCUGCAAAUGCUUUCAUCAUUAAUGUGAAUUCCCACUGGAUUCCUCCUUUCCAGCUUCAAAUGAUCAGCAUCGGUUCUUGCAAGUUGGGCCCCAAACUUCCUGCAUGGUUACAAACACAGAAAUCUCUCAAGUAUAUAGACAUUUCGAAGGCAGGACUUGUAGAUGCAGCUCCGGAUUGGUUUUGGAACUUUGCAGCUUGUGUGAAGUGUAUUAAACUCCCUAACAAUGCUAUCAGUGGGGACCUAUCCAAUGUUUUGCUCAACUCUAGUUUCAUUGAUUUGAGUUCUAAUCACUUCAGGGGUCAGCUGCCACUUAUAUCACCACAUAUUACCAUGUAUAAUGUUGCCAACAACUCUUUUUCAGGGCCUAUUUCUCCUUCCAUUUGCAGUGUGGUGAAUGUAGAAAAUAAAUUGGAAGUCAUGGACUUGUCACGUAACAAUUUGUCUGGAGACCUUCCUGAUUGCUGGAGGCAUUGGCAAUCUUUGCUUCACCUAAACUUGGGGAGCAAUAUCCUGUCUGGGAAAAUUCCAAACUCACUGGGUUCGUUAUUGAGGCUUCAAUCAUUGCACUUGGCCAACAAUUAGCUUAUUUGGAGACAUACCUCAUUCAUUGAAAAAUUGUAAAGACUUGAAGCUAAUUGAUUUGGGAGUAAACCAGCUUGCUGGAAAUAUACCAAACUGGAUGGGAGAAUGGACAAGGGUUCUUCAAUUAAGAUCCAAUAAAUUCAGUGGCAAUAUUCCACCACAAAUAUGCCAAAUUUCUUCUCUUAUUGUAUUGGACUUUUCCAACAAUAGCCUAUCAGGAUCCAUACCAAAGUGCUUGAAUAAUAUCAGUGCCAUGGUUGCAUCAGAUAAGUGGCACAAUGAUGAGUAUGGUAGUUUAGACUAUAACCAUGACUAUGGAUUAUACUUGGAGAAUCUCAUGCUGAUGACAAAAGGUAGGGAAUCAGAAUACACGAAGAAUCUUGAAUAUUUAAGGACAAUUGAUCUUUCAAGUAAUAACUUGUCUGGAUCAAUCCCAACAGAAAUAUUCCUCCUUCCCAAAUUGCAAUCUCUAGACUUGUCUCAGAAUCAUUUGAUAGGAAAGAUAUCAAAGGAUAUUGGGUCCAUGAAAUCCUUAGAAUCACUUGAUCUCUCAAGAAACCAUCUAUUUGGUGAAAUUCCUUCGAGUAUGUCUAAUUUGUCUUUUCUCAGUUACUUGAAUUUGUCAUACAACCAUUUCUCUGGAGCAAUUCCAUUGGGCACCCAACUUCAAAGUUUUGAUGCUCUCAAUUACAUUGGCAAUCCUCAACUUUGUGGUGAUCCUCUUCCGAAAACCUGCGUAUCUCUGAAUGGAACACCAGUUGGCAAAAAUGAUGAUGACUAUGGAAAUCCGAGCUUCUAUAUGGGUAUGGGAGUUGGAUUUGCAGCUGGUUUUUGGGUAGUUUUUGGAGUUUUUUUCUUCAAUCAGACCUGGAGGCAUGUUUAUUUCAGGUUUCUCGAUGAUAUGAAGGAUUGGGUUUAUGUGACUACGGUGCUAAAGGUGAAUAGGUUCCUGCAAAACCUAAGAAGCUGCAAUUUUUGCAAGUGAAAGUGCUGUGAAGCUGUGACCUCGCUGAUUUAGGAGUUUAGGAAGAAAUCCGACUAUCAUUGACAAGCUGCCCUCUAUGAUGUCAAGCUCAAAAGAAGUGUAGUGGCCCCCUCUAUGGUUAGUAGCCUUUGAAUUUGUGUUUUCAAAUAUAAGAGAUAAACUUUUCCUUAUUGUGUACUACUGUUACAUAUGGGACUUCAUGUAUCUGGGUACCCUACGAGAGUACUCUACAAAC